AUGUUUGCAGCAAGACAUGCUUAUGACAUAUUCAGAAAAAAGGCCAAAAGCUCUAUACUCCUGUAUCUUUUAAUGAGUGUUGUAGCAUUAGUUGCAUUUAUACACAUUGGCGCAUAUUCUAUUCGUUAUUCCAAACUUGAAGGGCAUGUCGGUUCAAGUAUUGAAGAUAGUUACACUGCAGUCUAUAGCACAGUUGUUUCACUAGAACCACUGUGCUCUAAAAGUUUAAACAUGAGCUCUAAUGGUAAAUCCGGGCCAUCAAUUAAAAUCAGCGAUGCAUAUAUAAAUCAGAUUAUAUCAGCACUGAAAUACAUCAAUAGUAAAGAAGCAAUUCCCGACGGCGGUGAUAUGGUUGAAUUGGGGAACAUUGCACGUACUUAUCAAAAAGCCUUUGACAUUUACUAUCAACUGGUGAUUUGCCAAUACGAUUCUGCUACAAGGACUCGCAUGGAGGAUCAACUUUUCCAAUUGGAAAAAAAACUUUAUCCAUGGAUCAUCAAUGGACCUAUGUACCACUCGGCAGUGGAAUCACUUUUAAAAUCAAAAGGACGUGGAAUUGUCAUGACCACUGGUUCAAAAUACGCUUUAGUCGCCCAACACUCCAUCACCAUGCUUAAUUUUAUUGGUAAUCAAUUGCCAAUUGAAAUCAUAUAUUGUGGCGAAGACGAUCUUGGGCAAAAGGAGCGUGAUGCAUUGACGUCGUUACAUCGAGUUACACUUGUGGACAUGCAAUCUGUGCUUGGUCUGAAGAAAUGCAGCAAAGGAUGGGAGAACAAGCCAUUGGCAGUAUUGGCAUCUAGUUUUCAACAAGUCAUUUUGAUGGAUACUGAUGCCUUGUUUUUCCAACAUCCAGAAACAUUGUUUGAGACAAAGGCAUACAAGGAAACAGGAGCAUUGUUUUUUCGUGAUCGAACUCUUGGAUUUGGAACUUAUGGUCGUGGACCUGGAUUGACUGAUUUAAUCAACACAUUAGCUGAGCCAUUCAAAGAAAAUCUCAUAUUCAAUACUAGUCGCGUGAUGGCGAAAGUCUCGUCCGAUGAGCUUGAUUCAGGAGUUGUGGUUUGGGAUAAGACAAGAUCGAUGCCUGCUAUUCUCCUCACAUGUGCACUUAACAGUAUGCCUUAUAUGGACUUGAUAUACUCAAAGACAUACGGUGACAAGGAAACGUAUUGGUUGUCUCAUGAAGCAUUGCAGAUUCCAUUCACAGUUUUUUUGGAUAACGGCGGAGCAAUUGGGAAAGUUUUUGAACAAGAAGGCAAGCACAAGGUAUGCGGUGGUUUAUACCAUGCAGAUGAACAUGGUAAACCACUAUGGUUCAAUGGUGGCAUUGGCGAACGCAUCCCUUCAAAAAACCUGAACAUGAUGGAGCCUACUUACUGGGCAACUGAAAGUGCAGGUGUAAAUGUUGAUUGGGAACUUUCAGGAUUGCCAUUUUGUUUAUAUGGAAAAAUGGAUGCACCUGGCGAUUAUAGAGACUCCCGGAUCGGAAAGCUCAGCAGCUCAGAGUUGGUUAUUUCCAAGAAGAUGGUAGAUUUGUGGGUUGAAUUGUUUCAGUUAUAAACAGCUUUUUAUUAAUCG